AUGUUUGCACGCACAGCUGUGCUAUCGCUCGCUCUUUCAUGCCUCUAUGGCAAUGUCGCUGUCCUUGGCUUGGACAUCAACAGUAGAGAUUCAAUUGUCGAUACUGCAAAGACCCUGGCAAGUGGCAUAGUAAAAUACUACAACGCGAGUGUUUCCGAAUCUGGAAUCCCUGGCGUUUUCUCCGAGGAGUACUAUUGGUGGGAGGCCGGCAUCGUACUGGAUGGACUGAUCGGAUAUUCGAGUUUGACUGGCGACAAGCAAUACGACGGGUUGGUCUGGGAAGGUAUUCAAUGGCAGCGAGGCAACGACUUUGCCUUCAUGGCGCUGAACCAGACUGCAACCAUGACCAACGACGACCAGUGCGCCUGGGCGCAGGCAGCGAUGAGCGCUACGGAAUUUGGAUUUCCAAACCCUGUGAAUGGAUCAUGGGUAGACGCGGCCAUCUCUGUGUUUGAUGUCAUGACCAUGCGAUGGAACAAUUCACUCUGUGACGGUGGUCUUUCUAUGGCGAUCUACAGCUUCAACGUGGGAUCCAGCUAUAAGCAGAUGGCCUCGAACGGAAACUUCUUUCUCCUAGCCUCUCGCCUUGCGAGGUUCACCGGCAACGGCACCUAUACUGAAUGGGCCGAGAAGAUAUUUGAUUGGGCACAUGAAAGGGGAUUUAUCACAGACGAUUACGAUAUCUACGACGGCGCCGAUGGAGAAGAGAAUUGCACUUCAUUCAACCAAGUCCAAUUCACCUAUAACCACGGACUUUUCACUGAGGGCGCCGCCGUCCUAUACAACAUCACGGAUGGUAAACAGAAAUGGGCCGAUGCAGUCAAGGGAUUUGUAAAUUCUACAUCUCGUUUCCUUGAAAAUGGCGUUCUCGUAGAGAGCGCUUGCGAAAACGACGGCAAAUGCGGUGUGGAUCAUCGGGCCUUCAAAGGCGUUGCCGCUCGUUCUUAUGCCCGUGCUGUAGUUGCUGCACCCACUGUGACAGGCCCUUUAGCGUUGAUGCUGAAGAAAUCGGCCGAAGGCGCAGCCAAGUCUUGUAGCAAGGGUCAGGGAGAAAACGGAGAGACAGGCGAUGUUGCAUGCUCGCUGAGUUGGGUAGAUCCAGAAAGCAGAUGGGAGCAUAACACUGCUAGCGGUGGGAACUUGGGUGAGGUAUUCAGUGCAAUGGAGGUCGUGCAAGGCUUGUUGUAUUCGCAGACAAAGAUUCAAGGAUCCAAUGCUACUGGCAGCCCGGUAGAGAACGGUGAAGGUUCCAAACCGUCGGACGGUGCUGGACCGGAGGGAACAGAUGCUACGGGUACGGCAGGCACCAUGACGGCCAGUAUUACAGUUGUCCUGGCUGCUGCGUUUGCCGCGGCUCUGCUGUGCUAG